CUGUCCACUUCAUUCAGCCCGUUCCCUGUUUUUCCUUUUUUUAUGCUUCACGUCUCAAGGUGGCAUCUGCGUUUGUUGCGCAUUGAGCCGUUUCACCUUAUUCUUUCGUUUUCUACUCCGUAAGGCCGAGCACAAAAAUCUGCGUCAGAAGAACAGCCUGUCUUACUGCUUUCCCGUCCAGGGUGGGGCGGGGGAACAACAACGCAAGUAGGGAAAAAAAGUAAGAAUAGAAGAAAUGAUGAAAGACAGCGAUUGCAAAUCGAAGCCAGUCACAUAAUCCCUCUGGUUAAUGUAAAAGCAUGAUUCGCAAAACAAAACCAAAGAAAGCCCAGCUGGACCAAUGGGGGGUGGCUGGUCGAGCUGACCUUGGGUCAUACAGGUUUUAUUCCCGAGGGCGAUUCGCCAGAUUUGGGUUGCACAUGAUGAACAUCACGAAUUCGGGAUGGCCGGAUGCUUUGCAUAGUAUGUAAGUUGUUAUAAUGGGUGGUUAUCUUAGAUAAGAAAUGAUAAUAUUUUUUAUUAUAUUUCUUUUUGAUUUUCGGGGUUUAGAUGUAAUCUUGUGGACAUGGGUGAGAAUUGAGGGUGAGGUGUGAUACUCUUACUCAUCCCAUUGUCAAUUUCCUCCAAACGGGUUGGGAAAUUGGAGAAAGAGAGAGAGAAAGAAAGAGGGAAGGGGGAGGGGAUUGGGGGGGGAAAGGAAUGGUGGAGGUUGGUUUUGUGAUAGAGAGUGAAGAACCGAG